CCGCUUCGCCGCCGAGGCCCCGCUGCCGCUGCUGGAGUCACUGCCCGGCCCGAGGAGGAGGAAGAUGCCGAGGGGACGCUGAAAGAAACCCAACUUUUCAGAUGCCCUAUGGGUGGGGAGAUGCAUCUUUGAUAUGGAUUGUGUGUUUGGUUAUCACCUACAAUCUGAGUCAACAGUGUGUGUGUGAAGAAAUAACUGACGGAAGAAACAAGCCGAAUGGCUGCAUCAUCAUAAGAAGCUGAUUUCAAUAUGUUUGUAUUUCAUGCCAGUAAUCCAAGGCUGGGAAAGCCUAGUAGCCCAAUAGUGAAAAAAAUUACUUUUUUAUAAAACCCAGGUCAAAACUAACGAGUAGUCAGUGUAUAUUUUGCCAUGUGCUCCCUGGUGAUUUAGCAUUGAAUCUUUUAAUGCACUGAAAUAAUGGUGUGAGGAUUGGUAGACAACAUCCCCCCCCAUUCCCCAGCACACAUCCAGCAACGAAGACUGUGUCAAGAUGACCUCUGAGGAAAUGACAGCAUCUGUUCUUGUCUCUGUGGUCCAGGGUAAAGUGAUACCCACUCAGUCAGCUGGAGAUGAAAAUAGUGAAAAUGUUUUGGACACCAGUGUUAUAAAAAGACAUACUGCCAGUCCAGGAAGGCAAACCAGACACACUCACUCAUACUUACACAGACUUGAAGAAGAAAGUCUUCAGGGUUCGGUACCCAAAAUAUUCUCCCUGGCGAAAGAACAACUGAGUAAUGACAAUAGUAAUGAAAGCAUUUGGGAGAGGAACAGCUCCAUCCCUCAUUCAGUGGAAUUUCUUAACAUUAACUGUGACAUUGUACAGAAAAACUACAAGAGUAAUAUCCCAUGCAGCCAGUUGUAUAAAUCUUGUGAUCCUUUAGUAGGGGAAGAGGCAUCCCUGAAAACUGGAAUUCCUAUUUCACUGGAAAGAGCCAUGCUUGCUGAAAUUCAGUUGAAAACAAAUGGACCUUCGUUAAGAAGCCAGACAGCAGUAAAUAAGAAUGACAGCAAUGAUACUGAUAAAGUGGCCUUUUUUCACUUUCAUUGUGCCAGUGAAAGGAAUGUAUCAAAGGCUUUGUGCAGUUUACACAACAGCUUCAUUUUGAAUGACUGCUUGCAGCCAGUAAGUGUUGGCAAUGGUAACACCACUGGUUCUCCAGCCUGCACUUGCAGAUUAAUGGAGUUGACAAAUAACUGUGAGAAUGAAAACAGGCAGCAGUUGUAUGAAGAUGCUUUAAGGGAUAAGUAUUUAUAUCUGGAAAGAGCACCACGAAAGGUUAGGGUGGCAUGCUCAGGUCACAGCUUCUGGGGAAAUAACUUUACUGGAAGAAUGCCCUCAAAGCCCUUUCUGAGCCAUUUUGAAGACUGUAAUGAUAACUGUGAAGAAGGGAUGGAGGAGGAUUUUUUUAGAAACAAAAAGGAACGCUCUACUUUAUUAAUAAGACGUUUCUGUAAAAAUGAUAAAGAGGUUAAAAAAUCAGUUUAUACUGGAACAAGAGCAAUUGUUAGGACUUUACCUUCAGGACACAUAGGAACCGUUGCUUGGAGUUUCGUUGAGCAAAGGAGAAACAACAGUGGCUUGAAGAUUUCUAGGAUUACAACAGAACAGCUAACCAUAAUUCAGUCCUUAAUAAAGUGGGAAUUUAAUUCCUUUUUUGAGAAGUCUUUAUGGUAUGAGGUUUUCAAUACAGUGAGAGAAGAGGAAGAAGCAGAAGAUAUUUUUGAAUAUUUUCCUUAUCUUCUGAGAAAGCUCCCAACGCUUGAUACAGACUGUAUAUGCGAAUGUGAUGGUUUUUGUGUAAAACCAUGUGUAAAACCACGUGUAACAAGUGCUUACUCUCAAUAUCGUGCCACUUCACAGAGGACUGCACUCUCUAACUAUAUAACUGGUGCUUUACUAGAAGCGACUACAUCAUUAGGAGCAAGAAGUGGUCUUUUAAAUAUCUUUGGAGGAUCAACUGGAAGAACAAUGCUAAAAGAACGCCAAGCGUGUACAUCCAUGGCUGGCUCCAGUGUCAUUCCCUCCAACGUGGCUGGUAUCAGCAAAGAGCUGAUUGAGCUGCAACACCUCAUCCAGUUCCCAGAGGAGGUUGCCAGCAUUCUGACGGAGCAGGAGCAGGAGCUCUACCGGAAAGUCUUACCCAUUGACUACCUCUGCUUUUUAACAAGGGAUUUGGGUAAUGCUGAAUGUCAAAGCAAGCUGCCAUCUAUUAAAGCUUCCAUAUCUGCUACUAUUCUUUCUUCCCCAAAUGGUGAACAUAAUGCUGUGGAAGAUCUUGUGAUGAGGUUUAAUGAGGUGAGCUCGUGGGUUACUUGGCUGAUCCUGACUGCAGGUUCUAUGGAGGAGAAACGAGAAGUGUUCUCAUAUUUAGUACAUGUGGCAAAAUGCUGCUGGAAUAUGGGCAACUACAAUGCUGUAAUGGAAUUUCUGGCAGGGCUAAGGUCAAGAAAAGUUCUAAAAAUGUGGCAAUUUAUGGACCAGUCUGAUAUUGAAACCAUGAGAAGUCUGAAAGAUGCCAUGGCACAACACGAGUCGUCAUCUGAAUACAGGAAGGUGGUCAACCGAGCACUCAAUAUUCCGGGCUGUAAAGUGGUUCCUUUCUGUGGUGUCUUUUUAAAAGAGCUUUGUGAAGUUUUGGAUGGAGCCUCAAGCCUCAUCAGACUCUGUCCACGGUAUAACUCCCAGGAUGAAGCAUUAGAGUUUGUUUCAGAUUACAGUGGACAAGAUAAUUUCUUGCAACGAGUAGGCCAAGAUGGUUUAAAUAAUCCAGAAAAAGAAUCAACAGCAAACAAUAUCUUUCAAACUAUUCGGAGCUGCAACCGCAGUUUGGAAUCUGAAGAGGGUGAUGAUAAUCUUAGUGAAGGGAGUGAUUCAAGGAAAAACUCACUGAAGGACAAAACUCGCUACCAUGCAGCACAUAUAAAGAAAGCUUCUGAUUCAAACCGAGUUCUAUUUAUAAUUGGAGAUCUUUCAGAUUCUGAAAGUGAUAUAUUUGAGCAGUUGAAGGAAUGGGACACAAAUUCAACAGAAGAGCAACAAAAAGCUUUCUGCCAUGGGAUAGAACUUAUUCCCUGGUAUGUGUUAUCUAUCAGGGCGGAUGUCCAUCAGUUCAUGCAACAAGGGGCAACCGUCAUUCAUUACGACCAGGAAACACAUCUCUCAGCACGUUGCUUUCUUCAGCUUCAGCCUGACAACAGUACUUUGACUUGGACAAAGCCCACAACAGUUUGCCCUGCAAACGCUAAGGCAAAGCUGAGUGUGCUGGGUAAUACUGCUGAGCCUGGUAAAUACCAGUUUCUUGGUAACACUGGACUGGUGGAAGGUUUUUUGGACUUGUUUGCAGCCAAGGCUGUAUAUAUGGGACACUCUGGCAUUGAUAUGCACACUGUGUGUGUUCAAAACAAACUUUGUAAUAUGUCCCUUGAAGAAAAUGGUAUAACACUACUUUAUGGACUUCAAACUACUGAUAACAAGUUGCUGCACUUUGUUGCUCCAAAAUAUACUGCCAGAAUGCUGUAUGAUGGAUUGCUGGAAUUGACUAAAUCUGUAAGGAAAAUGAGGAAAUUCCCUGAUCAAAGACUACAGUGGCUACGGAAACAGUAUGUCAGCCUUUACCAGGAGGAUGGAAGGUUUGAAGGCCCAACGUUGGCUCAGGCUGUUGAGCUUUUCGGAGGCAGACGGUGGAGUGCAAGAAACACAAGUGCGGGAACUCUCACCAAAAGCACCGAGAAACCUUGUGUACAGAGAAACAACACUCUGGGAAUAAGCACAGCUAAGAAAAAGAAGAAAGUACUCAUGAGGGGUGAAAGUGGAGAGGCCACUGAUGAUGAAAUGGCAACUCGGAAGGCAAAAAGCUGUAAGGAAUAUCGUAAUAGAAGUGGUUCAGAUCCUCAAGAUAUUGAUGAACAAGAAGAACCAGAUCAAAAUAAUAUUAUUAACGCUUCUCCAUCUAACAACCUGCCAUCCAGAAGAGCUCACUCUCUGACAGCAUCUGGAUCUCCUAAUUUAGGAGCUACAAUAUCUUCACCAGCAAGACCAGUCUCCUCUCCUGUAAUGUCUUCAAGCAAGAACCAGUCUAGCACAUGGAGCAGCAGUAGCUGGCAUGGCCGUGUUAAAGGAGGAAUGAAAGGGUUUCAGAACUUCAUGGUGUCUGAUAGUAAUAUGACUUUUGUGGAAUUUGUGGAGCUCUUCAAAUCUUUCAGUGUCCGUAGCCGCAAGGAUCUGAAAGACCUGUUUGAUAUCUAUGCAGUGCCUUGCAAUCGAUCCGGUUUAGAGCCUGCUCCACUUUACACUAAUCUGAAGAUUGAUGAAAAUAACAGUGGAUUCCAACCUGAUUUAGAUUUGUUGACUCGGAAUGUUUCAGACCUUGGUUUGUUCAUUAAGAGCAGGCAGCAACUGUCAGAUAACCAGAGGCAAAUCUCUGAUGCUAUUGCUGCUGCCAGUAUUGUAACUAAUGGUACUGGAGUUGAAAGUACAUCCCUGGGAAUAUUUGGAGUGGGAAUCCAGCAGCUAAAUGACUUCCUAGUGAAUUGCCAAGGGGAACACUGCACCUAUGAUGAAAUUCUCAGUAUUAUCCAGAAAUUUGAACCCAGUGUGAAUAUGUGCCAGCAGGGACUGCUGUCUUUUGAAGGAUUUGCAAGAUUUUUGAUGGAUAAAGACAACUUUGCCUCCAAAAAUGAUGAGUCACAAGAAAAUGCUGAGGACUUGAACUUUCCACUGUCAUAUUACUACAUCGAGUCCUCACACAAUACUUACCUCACUGGUCAUCAGCUGAAGGGGGAGUCCUCAGUAGAGCUCUACAGCCAGGUUCUUUUACAAGGCUGCAGAAGCGUAGAAUUAGACUGCUGGGAUGGUGAUGAUGGGAUGCCUAUCAUUUAUCAUGGGCACACUCUUACCACUAAGAUCUCUUUUAAGGAGGUAGUUGAAGCUAUUGAUCGCAACGCAUUUAUAACCUCCGACAUGCCAAUUAUCAUAUCCAUAGAAAACCACUGUUCAUUGCCUCAGCAGCGCAAGAUGGCUGAAAUUUUCAAGAAUGUAUUUGGAGAUAAGCUGGUAACAAAGUUUUUAUUUGAGAGUGACUUUUCUGAUGAUCCCAUGCUUCCUUCACCUGGCCAACUGAAAAGAAAAAUCCUGCUUAAAAAUAAGAAGCUGAAAGCCCAUCAAACACCAGUGGAUAUAUUGAAACAAAAGGCUCACCAGCUGGCACACAUGCAAGCACAGGCUAGCAAUGGUGCUAGCAACCCCACACCUACCAAUGAAGAGGACGAAGAUGAGGAGGACGAAUAUGACUAUGACUAUGAAUCUCUCUCUGAUGCUGAUGUCCUUAAUGCUUCUCCUGCUCCUAACAGCCAGGAAGAUAACAUUCUUGAAGACCGACCAGAGAAUAAAUUAUCAAGUGAUAAACUGCAGUUUGAAUACAAUGAAGAAACUGCCAAACGAAUAAAGAAAGCUGAUUGUGCUACUUUCAAUAAUAAAGGAAAGGUUUAUGAUAUGGAGCUGGGUGAAGAAUUCUAUCUUCCACAAAAUAAGAAGGAAAGCAGACAGAUAGCCCCAGAGCUAUCAGAUCUUGUUAUUUACUGUCAAGCUGUAAAGUUCCCUGGCUUGUCAACUCUAAACCCAUCUGGCUCUAGCAGAGGAAAAGAAAGAAAAAGCAGGAAGUCCAUUUUUGGCAACAAUCCUGGCAGGCUGAGCCCUGGGGAGUCGGCUGCUCUUGCCAAAGCAUCUGGAAAAGGUCCUUUUGAUGUGAUGCGGCAGAACUGGGAAGAUCCUUCCUCUCCGUACAACUCUCCAGCUUCUCUCAGUGCUAUCAUAAGGACACCUAAGUGCUAUCACAUCUCCUCCCUGAACGAGAAUGCUGCCAAGCGGCUGUGCAGGCGCUACUCCCAGAAGCUGAUCCAGCACACCACCUGCCAGCUCCUGAGGACCUACCCGGCUGCCACACGCAUUGACUCCUCAAAUCCCCACCCACUGAUCUUCUGGCUCCAUGGUGUACAGCUCGUGGCUCUUAACUACCAAACAGAUGAUCUUCCUCUGCAAUUGAAUGCAGCGAUGUUCGAGGCUAAUGGUGGUUGUGGAUAUGUUUUGAAACCUCCUGUUCUGUGGGAUAAAAAUUGUUCCAUGUACCAGAAGUUUUGUCCGUUAGAAAGAGAUCUUGAUAAUAAGGAGCCAGCUAUAUAUUCUUUAACAAUUGUGUCCGGACAGAACGUCUGCCCUAGCAAUAGCACGGGGAGUCCAUGCAUUGAAGUGGAUGUGCUGGGGAUGCCUCUGGAUAGCUGCCAUUUCCGGACAAAGCCCAUUCAUCGCAACACUCUCAACCCCAUGUGGAAUGAACAGUUCCUUUUCCGGGUUCACUUCGAAGAUCUGGUCUUUCUUCGGUUUGCAGUUGUUGAAAAUAACAGCUCAGCUGUAACAGCUCAGAGAAUCAUUCCCCUAAAAGCUCUAAAAAGAGGCUAUAGGCAUGUCCAGCUCCACAACCUGCACAAUGAAACAUUAGAAGUUUCUAGUUUGUUCAUAAACAGUCGGAGAAUGGAAGAAAGUUCCUCUGGGAACACUUUGCCUGCAGCCAUGUUUUUUAGCAUGGGGGAACGGAAAACUGCUGUGACUUACAAAGUGACAAUUCAUGGAAUUCCAGGCCCAGAGCCUUUCACUGUCUUUAAUGUAAGUGGGUGGACCACAGCUGCACAGCUUCUCCAUCAGCUCUUGGCUUCCACAAAAGGCACUGAGUCAUGUGCUGCAGACUAUUUUCUGAUGGAAGAGAAGAGUUUUAUAUCUAAAGAAAAGAGUGAAUGCAGAAAACCACCAUUCCAGAGAGUAAUUGGUCCUGAAGAAGGGCUAGUGCAGCUUUUGAACAGUUGGUUCCCAGAAGAAGGAUAUGUUGGAAGGAUUCUCUUUAAAACUCGAGAGGAAAAUUUAAAUGAGAGGAACAUUUUCCAAGAAGUGAAGGAAGAUGCAGCCAUCAGCUCUGAGGAGGACAGUUUCUUUGUUCAGGUACAUGACGUCUCCCCAGAGCAGCCACGCACUGUCAUCAAAGCUCCGCGCUUCAGCACCGCGCAGGACGUCAUACAGCAGACUCUUUGCAAAGCCAAAUACUCCUACAGCAUUUUAAGCAAUCCAAAUCCAAGCGAUUAUGUGCUCUUGGAAGAGGUGACAAAAGAGCCAGGAAACAAGAAGUCCUCGACAACUAAACCAUCUCAGAGGAUUCUCUCUGAUCAAGAGUGUGUGUUUCAGGCCCAAAGCAAGUGGAAAGGAGCAGGAAAAUUUAUCCUUAAACUCAAAGAACAGGUUCAGGCAGCACGAGAUGACAAAAGAAAAGGCAUUUCCUUUACCAGUGAACUCAAGAAGUUAACCAAGUCAAGUAAGCAGUACCGGGGAUUCAUAUCACCACCUCUGCAGGUCCUGCCGGACACUCCGCAGAGCAAGGAUGAAAGGUCUGCCUGCAGUUUGGCUUUUAGUGACAUCAUGGAGUAAGAACUACCACUGCCUACAGAACUGUCUGCUCAGUGCCUUUGAAGGAACCUGCUGUGGUCUGAACUGGUCAGCAGUUGUGUGCCCUGUGCUACAGGAUGCUUAAUCCAGGCAAUGCUGCUGGAUUGACAUCCAGAAUGUGGGAAUCCUAAGUAGGAUGUCGCAGAUGGGAAAGAUGCCUGCCAGCUAUCAGGAGAUCCUCCUCUUCCCGUAUCUUCACAUCUGCAGGUCCUCAACAGGUGGAUGAAGGAGCUUCCUUGGACUGUAUGUUGUAAGCAUAUGUGCUGUCACCCUCUCCUUUUUUAAACAAAAGGUAGUUUUAGCUACUUACCUCUAGGGAAACUGAAGGCAGAGAACCAGUGUGUUCUUUUAUGUGUAUUAUAUUAAAAUAAUGCACUUUUACCUGAAGAUUUCUGUUCAACACUGCAUCAAGUGAUUGUAAAGAGAUUUAAAUAUAGUGUAACUUCCUUUGCGUGCCUGUUUAACUUUGGUGACUAUACACAAAACCCUCAAAUUAUUUAUGGUUUAUCUACUUUAACAAAAUAAUGUAUGAUAGUUAAAUACUCCUAACUGGUAGGGAUACUUUGACAAGAAACAACAUUUUCUUCUUAUAAAUUCUAGUUUUCCAGGCUUGUGUUUAAAGAAUAUUUAUUAUCAUGUUUCAGAGUACCUGCUAUUGUAUAAUAUAUUUAUCAUAUACUACUUUUUAGAAAAUGCAGAAUUUUUACCUCUCUCUGGAUUUAGAGGAAAAACUGUUUUAACUUUUCUGGUUGUUUCUUUUCAGCACAAGACACUGAAUGCCCCAAACAGACCAAACUCAAAACAAUGCAUUGAUAAAUGUAACUAACAUUUCGAAAUACAUUUUCCAUGCAGGCAGGAAGUGUCUUUUUAUGUGUCUGUUAAACCCAGAAAGUAUAAAAAACUCUGACACUAUAACUCUUGACAUUUUCGUUUACACAGAAACACUGUUGUAAAGUUAUAUGUUUGCUGAACUCAUCUUUUUAUAUUUAAUUUAGUUGUGGUUGUCUCUUUCUUUCCUCCAUGGAAAUUAUUAAUGUACUUAGGUGGUUAGAAGAAUCCAUACCAACUUACAGAGGCACAAAUGAAACAACUGCUGAAGUCAGUCAUCCCUUUGAUUUCCCACAAGAAGUGUAUCUGUGGUGAAUAAAUUGCUCUGCACACGUUUUCUCUCCCUAGAGCAAUCCCUGAACAAAGCAUUUCAGUCACUUAGUGUGACUAAAUCAAGAUAUCCGUGAAUAACAGGGAGUGAUUCAUGCCUUCAGUUUUUCCACAUCAGCUUUAUCGCUCGAGCACAAAACACUGCUGCUCCUAAGGGAGAAGCUGCAUCAGGCAAAGAAUAAAAACAGCAGUAGCAGAACUACAGGCAGUAGUCCCGUGACAGCCAACACCCCCCCUCCAACAAUUAGAAAAUAAAACAAAGUAAAAUCAUUAAUUGGCAUAUAAACAAGCAGGCAGAACUUGCAUUCUGUCACAAGAAGCUGCUAAGUCAUUCACUAUAUAUACACUGUCGAAAAUUCCUAUAAAGUAGCCAUCACCAAAGCAAGAAAGUGCCCUCUUGAGGUCAUUUCCAGCUUCCAGGGAAAGUAACCACAGACAAAAUUUUAAGUCAGAUCUCCCUGUGGCAUAUCCUGCUGCAGACCAUGCACUCCCUACUCCUUAUCUUUGGUUCAGCAAUCACAAUCCAAUUAAAAAAACCCCAGCGACCUAUGAGCUCAGCCUGUUCACUCCUGUAUGACCCAUUCUAAGUACAGAGCCGGCCCUGCAAGGUGUCAGGCUCGCUCCCCUGGCACGUCCAUAAUGCAAGACUGACAGUGAGGAAAGUGGUGUCAGUUGCAACUUACCCAUAGUUCUAUAUGCACAGUUUUUUUAAUACUUUGGAAUUACUGGGAAGUACACUUACAUCAACCUACUGCACAAUUCCACUAAUGCAACUUUUAAACUGUUUCAUUCUCUCUUGUUUUUUUAACACAGCAGCAUUUUCCCAUACCUAAGUAUUUUUUCUUUUGGCAUUAUUAUGGCAUUUUUAGAAACAAUGCUUACUGUCCUAUGGAGUUUGCCCUUCCACAUGUUUGGCUUUUUUUGUUGUUGUUAUAUUCAGCAGCACUGAAAAGAAUUCAUAUAAUCACCUGUAGUAUCACAGUAGUCUGGAAGGAAGGCUUGGUAAUUCAUUAGAUUCAACAUAGAAAGUUCCUACACUCAUGUCAUCAUCAACUUAUGUUUUUUCUGUUACAUAUAUUUAAAAAACACAACACCCUUGGGAAAUUAAGGAACAAAGCUAGCCCUAUCACAAUGUGUAACACAGGUCUAACACUGGCCUGACGUCUAAAAAUGAUUUAAAAACAAUAGUUUUGUACUACUUCUGCUAAUACAAUAAUUUUCUAGCUGUGGGAAUACUUCAUUAAUGUAAGUAUCUUCCUCAUCAAAAUCUAAAAGCUGCUUUUGCUGUUUUUUAUUACAAUGAAAUAGAACAGCAAAGUAUUUGGCUUUCCACAAACAAAAACCAAACAAAACAACUUUAUAGGCAUGUCAACAUCUGGAAUUGUGUAAGGCUAAUUACACUGUUCCAGUGUUUUCAUUUAUGUAUAUAUACCACCUAAUUAAAAGCUUAGGUAUUGGUAAACAUCAGAGUAAACUUUUGUUGGUAAAAUGUGGUACAUUUUGGAGUGAAGGAAUACAGUAUCCUUCCCUUUGUGUUGGUUCCAAGUAUCCCAAUAAUGAAAAUACAAAUCCACUUGAAGCAUUAAACAGGGGGUUUUUGUUAACUUUUGUAAAAGCCCAGUUAAACAGAUUUCAUGUGCUAAGUAAUUACUGUACUAGGAAAGUUUAGUCUACUUAGCCACAGAUUUCAUGCCUGCAGGAAUACCUGUCCACACAUUCCUAUGACAAGACUGACAAAAUAACUACAUCCCUUCUGGUGCUUUUGGCUGGGCAUGGACAUCAAUUAGGAAAGUACAUUAAUUUUUACAUUACAAACUAUUUACAGGACCCAGCUUCCAGGAAAGUUUGAAAGAAAGGAAUGUAAAUAAUCAACACCUUCCAGAAACAUCCAGUCUCUGAGCAGUAGCAGGCCUCCUGCUAACAGUUUACAGGUGGGAAUCUCAUGCUCUGGUGGCAAAAAUACAGUUUUAUUCUAUUCUAUUUUAAAGCCACUGUUGCUUUUCUACCAAUUUCUUAUAUUUGCCUUGUGGUUCUGACUGCAUGGGACAAAAGAUGGGCAGCCACGGAUCCUGGUCACACUGCAGCACUACUCAGUUGCUGGGGAACUGGGGCACACCAGGAGGUACUUCCUACACCAGAAGGGUUUCCUGUGUGUAUCUUACUAAAACCCAAGUUUAGCAGUGAGAAGAAUAAAAAAAUACCAUGUCAGUUUUAAUUUUUAAAACUAGUCACAUUACUUCUACUGCUGCAAAUAUUACUAGAUGAAGUAUCUCAGUAACUAUCUUUAGAAAGCCAUCUGCUUCUCAAAAUCCCGUACUUUCAAGAGAAAGACUUUAACAUGGGAGUAUCUAAAUAUUUCAAGAACACAUUCUCUUACACUCAUAGUUUGUCUUUAAAAAAUAAUUAUUUGCCAGUCCCUUUACAUUUCAAUGAAAGGGUUGAGUCUACAGCUUCUGAAACUGAACUGUCUGUUCUGCUCUAGCUCUUUGAAUGCUUCAGCUAAUAUUUGGGUUUUAAUCACUGACUGUUAGUCCACUAUAAAACUCCAUUUACUUUUAGGGUAGCCCACUAAAUGUAACAACAGUGGUGAUUUUAUUUUUUUUUUCCUGUCUGUGAAAAAUACUUUGCAAUUUCAAUAGAGAUAGAAUUUGGCAGAGUUAGCAAAUUAAACACAAAAAUCAACAGCAGUAAAUAGAUUUUGCUCCAAUACACAUCUAGGGUAUUUCAGAAAGACUUAGUUUUAGAGUUGUCUGCCUCUUAGAGCAUGGCAAAGUGUUCUGACAAUGCAACACCACCAUGUGCCAGUCUUCAUAUUGUUCGGAACUAUGUAAAAUGAACAAUUUAAAAAAUUACUUUUCCACCUGGACUGUCUCCUCUCUGCUGACUUGAAGGAUAAGCUUGUAUUUGUAUAUGUUGUAAAAAAAAUAAAUGGUUUAAGAUAUUGA